ACACUGGUUCGAGCUGUCAAACAAACCGAAACUUGAAAUCCGCGAAUCCGCAUCGUUUCUCGCGCUGGUUUUCUGUUUGUGAACCAAAAACCCUCAAAAAUUAAACUCUCGCUUCCGCCCUAUCGUCUCCCGCAAUGAACUUCACAUUCGGAACUCCGGGUGCCACUGGAUCGACACCCUCCUUGGGCGCUGCAGCACCGGCCACCACCACAGCUGCCAGCACGGGAUUCAGUUUCGGAGCAUCCCCUUUUGGUACCAACGCGGCCGGUCUAGCACCGGCAGCGUCUGCAACCACAACGACAGCCGCACCUACCGCUGUGGCACCUUCGGCUGCUCCCACACUUAGCUUUGGCACCAAUCUGGCUGCGGGAGGUACGGCUGCUACACCAGCUGCCGCCUCAAUUGCUACCGCUCCCGCCCCCACCACAACCAGCCAGCUGACUCUGGGGAGCUUCACAGCACCGAAACCGGCAGCUCAAACACAACCGGCUGCCAAUCUGACGACAAACACGCAAACCACGCAAUCUUCAUCCGUUGCCGGUGGCCAGCAGCUGAACUUUUGCCAGUUGGAAGAAUUCAUUAACAAGUGGACACUGGAGCUGGAGGAACAAGAGAAGCUCUUUACCAACCAGGCCACACAGGUCAACGCAUGGGACAAACUGCUGCUGGGAAAUGGCGAGAAAAUUGUUGCUCUGAACGAAGCCGUCGAAAAGGUCAAGGCCGAACAGGUCGCUAUGGAGCAAGAGCUGGAAUUCAUCACCGCCCAGCACUCGGAACUGGAAGAAUGCAUCGUUCCGCUCGAGGAUGAACUGUCCAAAAUUGUUCAGGUGGACAUCGAGCGGGGCCAAACGUACUCGAUGGCGGAAACGUUGGAUUCUCAGCUGAAGCAGAUGUCCGAAGAUCUCAAAGAAGUGAUCGAACAUUUGAACGAGUCCAACAAGUACUCCGAUCCGAGCGAUCCCCUGGUACAGAUCGGAAAGAUUCUGAACGCCCACAUGAACUCGCUGCAGUGGAUCGAAUCGUCGACGUCGGCCAUCACAAACCGGCUGGAGGAUAUAGGCAAGAUGCACGACGCCCUGCGAAAAGACAACGAGCGGUCAUUCCGGUUGACUUACUAUGAUAAUUGAAUUGUUUCUCUGCGUGAUGAUGUAUUUCCUUUCCAUAAAAGUUAGUUUAUAAUUUAGAA